GCAGGGCACAGUAACCGCUUCCGGGUUCGGACACACGUAAACAAAGAGGGAAUACGCCCUCCUUUGUCUCCUUCAGGGAAUUUUGGUUCUUAAAAGAAGAUGACGAGGCACGGAAAGAAUUGUACUGCCGGAGCUGUGUAUACCUAUUACGAGAAAAGGAAAGACACCGCUGCCUCCGGAUAUGGGACACAGACGGUGCGUCUUAGCAAGGAUGCCGUGAAGGAUUUUGACUGCUGUUGCCUGUCUCUGCAGCCUUGUAGAGACCCUGUUGUAACGCAAGAUGGAUACAUUUACGAGAAAGAAGCAAUUCUGGAAUGCAUCUUACACCAAAAGACAGAGAUUGCACGGCAGAUGAAGGCAUACGAAAAGCAGAAGAAUAAGGAAAAAGCAGAAACAGAGGAAUUAAAUAAAGCCGCAAAAGAAUCCAAAAUGAAAGUAUUUCUCGAUAAAGAAAUGUCCAUUGUCAGCAAACCACUGAACCCCUUUACCCAGAAACAAGAAGACAAGCCUGGUACCAGUAAGCAGAGCAACGAUGAGAAAAACAAGACACUUCCUAGCUUUUGGAUUCCAUCGCUGACGCCAGAGUCUAAGACGACCCUUAUAAAAAAGCCUGACAAGACCGUGUACUGCCCCAUGAGCGGAAAGCCCCUGAAAAUGAAAGACCUCAUCCCGGUGAAAUUCACGCCAGUCGACGGCAAAGUGGAUCGCGUAGGUCUGAUAAACCGCCAAGACAGAUACGUUUGUGCUGUUACGAGGGACAUGCUGGGCAAUUCUGUCCCGUGUGCAGUGCUGAGGCCCUCAGGCGCUGUGGUUACGAUGGAGUGUGUAGAAAAACUGAUCAAAAAAGACAUGAUUGAUCCAAUCAACGGUGAAAAGCUGACCGAGAAGGAUAUCAUUGUGCUGCAAAGGGGCGGAACUGGAUUUUCAGGAUCAGGAGUGCAACUUAAUGCGAAGGAGGCCCGGCCCGUGAUGCAAGCAUAAAUCCACCCCAACGUCUGCUCUACUGUAACUCCGCCAGUUCAAAAGCUUUUAAUUGUAUUUGUUUUGUUACAUUAAAGUAUCCUAUUUGAAAAAA